AAUCAAGAUGUUUCGCGCCGUAGCUGCUUCUUCUUCUCGCAAAUUACUAUUCGCCAAUGGCCGCCGCUUCUCAUCCGCCGCGGCGGCGUCGGCUCACAGCAUGCUCGCCAAUGCCUUAGAUUCCAAAAUCAAACACAUCACUGAAAUGAGGAGGCCAGAGGCCCCAGCCGAGUUCCCCUUCAAAAUAGAACACAAUCUCGGCGGCUACGUCAGCAUGACGAGGGAGCUCGCCGGAGAGGAAAUCGAGGUGAGGCUGGUUGACGAAAAACACAAGGAUAAGAGUGCUUCCGAUUCCUCUUCCGUGGAUUUGAAAAUUGAAAUCUACAAAUCAGAUGGAAAAUCUAUGAAUUUUGCGGCGACUGCUUCUGCUGAUGACAUUGUGAUCCAGAAAUUGACUGCCAAGGAUAGUCAUUAUGAUGUCAUCUGCUCUCAGCUCUGCAUCAAGCCGAAGAGCGAGUUGCAGGAGGCGUUGGGAGAGUUUCUCCACGCAAGAGGGAUUGAGAAAUCGAUUGGUGGAUUUUUGUACGAUUAUACGAUGUGGAAUUCGCAAAAAUGUGAUCAACUUGGUGUGGAAGAAUUGGAGAAGCUCAAGGAUGAUGUUAGAAAAUCUGAUGUGGAAGAAUUGGAGAAGCUCAAGGAUGAUGUUAGAAAAUCUGAUGUGGAAGAAUUGGAGAAGCUCAAGAAUGUUGUGACCAAUUGGUGGCGCUAGUGAUUAAGAAUUGAUGUCUAUUUCUAUUUUCUUCAAUGAAGUCUAAAAAUUGUGUCC